ACAGACUCUGCACGGUUGCAGAGAGGAAGAGUCGACUGAUUCAUGAUUAAAAUGACUUCCUUCAAACUCUCCACCGCCCUUGUGUUCCUGUCUUCCAUGGUUACCUUCCUCAACCUGACCAUUCAUGACGUAGCUGCCCAAAAUUACCUCAAGCACGUCUGUGGAAACACAACCGUCGCCCAAAAUAGCAUCUACAGUUCCAACAUCAACUCCCUCCUCUCCUCCCUCUCCUCCCAAGCCACCGGAAACAUCGCAUUCUACAACACCACCGUCGGCCAAACCACCUCCAGCCCCGUAUACGGUCUCUUCAACUGCCGUGGAGAUGUCACUGCUGACAUGUGCCGAAGAUGCGUGCUCAACGCAACCCAAAAGCUCUCCAGUAAGUGUUCAACGGAGAAAGUUGCUCUUACUUGGUACGACGAGUGCAUGGUGCGCUACUCCAACGAGUCUAUCUUCUCCACCGUGGCCCUAACCCCUAGACUGAACAUGUAUAACACACAGAACAUGACCGACCAGGACCGGUUUAACCGGCAAGUAAACACCACUCUGACCCAACUGGCAACUGAGGCUUCCAACUUUCCGAUCGGCGUUAAGAAGUUCGGGGUCAAGGCAGAGAAGUUUUCCGAGUUUCAAAAUCUAUACACCCUCGUACAGUGCACACGUGACCUGUCCGGCACCGACUGCAAUAGUUGUCUUCAGGCUGCUAUUAACCGUCUUGCUAUUUGUUGCAGUGGAAGCCAAGGGGCAAGAACUCUGUAUCCUAGUUGUAAUGUUGGGUACGAAUUGUACCUCUUCUACGAUGUACCCACAGCGCCCACGCGGGCCACUCCUCCUGCAGCAGCUCUUCCACCUCCUAUUUCAGGAAAAAACAAAAUCUCAAGGGUAACAAUAAUUUCCAUUGUUGUUCCAAUUGCUGCCUGUGUUUUGCUACUCGCUCUGGCCUACUGUUUCCUAACUAGGAGAGCAGGAAAGAAGUUCAAUGCUGUAAAGAGAGAAAAGUCUAAGAAAUCCGAUCACAUCCAAAUUUAUCAAGCUGCGAAUGAAAUUGCAAAGGAAAUAACAACUGCAGAGACCUUCCAAUUUGAUUUUGUAACAAUUGAAACCGCCACAAAAAAAUUCUCGAAAGACAAGAAGCUUGGUGAAGGUGGAUUUGGGGAAGUUUAUAAGGGUACACUUCCUGAUGGGCAGGAAAUAGCUGUGAAGAGGUUAUGGAAAAAAUCUGGACAAGAUGCAGAGCAGUUUAAGAAUGAGGUUUUACUGGCAGCAAAACUUCAACACAAAAAUUUAGCAAGGUUGAUGGGAUUCUGCUUGGAAGGAGAAGAUAAGAUGCUCAUCUAUGAAUUUGUGUCAAAUAAAAGCCUUGACAAUUUCCUAUAUGAUCCAAAAAAACAAACUCAAUUGGAUUGGUCAAGACGUUACAAGAUAAUAGGAGGGAUUGCACGAGGAAUUAAAUAUCUUCACGAAGAUUCUCAGCUUAAAAUUAUACAUCGUGACCUAAAAGCUAGUAGCAUAUUGCUCGAUGUGGAUAUGAACCCAAAAAUUUCCGAUUUUGGCAUGGCAAGGAUUAUUGAAGUUGAUCAAAGCGAAGGAGACACAAGUAAAAUUGUCGGGACAUAUGGUUACAUGUCUCCCGAAUACGCAAUGCAUGGUGAAUUUUCUGAGAAGUCUGAUGUAUAUAGUUUUGGUGUCUUAGUCUUAGAAAUAAUAAGCGGCAAGAAGAAUAAUAACUUUGAAUCAGAAGGUGCUGAAGACCUCUUGAGCUAUGCUUGGAUACGUUGGAGGGAUGGAAAGCCCUUGGAAUUGUUGGAUCCAGCUUUGGGAGAUUCAUAUUCAAGAGAGGAAGUGAUGAGAUGCAUCCAUGUUGGCUUAUUAUGUGUGCAGAAGGAUGCAGCUGAUAGACCAACAAUGGCAUCAAUACUGCACACGCUCAAUAGCAGCUGUGUCACUCUAGAAUCCCCUCAACAACCGGCGUUUUUCCUUCGUACUAAAGCAGACCCGAACAUGCCUGCAAUGGAUAUGGCAUCUGGUCAGUCUAUUAACAUUUCAAUGCCAUGGUCUGUCAAUGAAGAAUCUGUCACCGAACCAAACCCUCGUUAGUGUAAAGGAAGCAAGAGUGUGCCAAGUACGGAUUAGGAUUCACAACAAUUAAUUGUUAGUAAUUUGGACAGUUAAUUGCUAUGAAUCUGAAUCUGAAUGUGCCAUAUAUAGUGUGCAAAUAAGGUGGGCAGACUGUUAGACAUUAGAUUAUGUGGGAUUUUGUACAAUAAGGUAAGAAAACUGACUGCCGGAGUGUAAAUAUUUAUGGCUUGGAAAUUCAAGAAGACAUACAGGACUUGGAAUCACAUUUAUCCAAACAAAUGGACACCUCUAUCUUAUUUGAGUAAUUUUGUAAGCUAUAUUUUUAUUUCACCGACGGUCAAUUUUUGAUAUGA